AGAAGAAGAAAAAGACGAAUAUAGAGGAGCAGCAGGAGGCCAUCAGUAUUACUUUGCCGGUGAUGCAUGAUGGUUUCGUACAGCUGAAGACUGAGUUGAAAGAGAACGAAAUAGAUGAGCAGCCAGAGAACGAAAGUCCCCCAGCGCAGCCAGAGAUUGAGCGUCCCUCGGAUCAGCCGGGGAAUGUGGACAACGAAGAUGUGACGCUCUAUGUGAAAUAUCUGGAGUGCAAGCUAAAGCAGUAUCCACCGCACACACGCAAUACCAUCCAAUUUAAGUUCAAUCGCAUCAUCUACGAAGCCGAUCGGGGACUGCGCGACAAGGCGAGUGCUCCAAAGUUUUCGUAGACGCGCAACCAAACUACGGAAUUAUGUUUAAUUUCGUUUAUCUAAUCUAAACGCAGAUGCAAAGCAACUGUAA